CUUCACGGAAGGGGAGCACAUUGUGAAGCACUGGUGAGUGAGCCGGCAGCAGGACAAACGCUGAGGAAUUCCGUCCGAAUAAGUCCAUCGAAUACAUAUCAAGACCAGAGAAACCAUGCCUGGAGACAUUGCCAAAGGCAAGAAGACAUUUGUCUUGAAGUGUGCGCAGUGCCACACUCUGGAGAAUGGUGGAAAGCACAAGGUUGGGCCCAACCUUUGGGGUCUGUUUGGACGCAAAACAGGCCAGGCUGAGGGCUUCUCCUAUACUGAUGCUAACAAAAGCAAAGGCAUCAUUUGGAGUGAAGAGACCCUGAUGGUUUAUUUGGAGAACCCCAAGAAAUACAUUCCUGGAACAAAGAUGAUCUUUGCUGGCAUCAAAAAGAAGAAUGAACGAGCAGAUCUAAUUGAAUAUCUGAAGUCUGCAACUUCAUGAAAAACUCUUCAUCUGCGUAUCUUUGCCAAUAUUUGUGUCCUGACACACUAAUCAUGAGGCCAGGACUCGUCAUUCUUUCAAAAUCAGGUAGAACGAGAAACAAUCUGAGGGUGUUAGCAUGAUAUGUUUGUCACAGCUGUACCUUUGUUUACUAUAUGAUCCUCCUUUGUGAUGGAGUAAAUGAUAUCCCCUGGUUUUAACAGGUUACUUUUUUUAUAAUAACUUAUUAAUCCAUAUACUGUGCAUUUAGAAUGUUGGCACUGCUGUGUACUAUGUUUGCUAAUUGAUGACCAACCAUUAUUUUUGCCUUCUCAGUAGUUUCUUCGUUUAUAUUUAAGUUGUCUUAAUAAUUGUCCUAAGUAUGAAGAUGCCUUUUCUGCCUCUGGUUUGAUGAUAUCUCAACAGUUUUUUAUUACCUGAUUUUUGAAUAUGCAAUUUGAAUAAAACUGACGCUAAACUUUA